AGCCGAGCUGGAGCAGAGUGUGACGUGGCAGAGAGACGACCGAGAUCCGGAACACCUGAGCAGAGAAGCAGAGCCGGCGCCGAGGAGCAGAGACACCGACAGGACCCGCACGACUCCCAGCCGCAGUUUAUUUAAUAUCACUGACUUCGAGGCAGCGACGGAAACAUGGGCCUGACCAUUUCGAGUAUCUUCUCUCGCCUGUUUGGGAAGAAGCAGAUGCGGAUUCUGAUGGUUGGUUUGGAUGCUGCUGGUAAGACCACCAUUCUGUACAAGCUGAAGUUGGGAGAGAUCGUCACAACAAUUCCAACAAUUGGGUUCAAUGUGGAGACGGUAGAGUACAAGAACAUCUGCUUCACUGUGUGGGACGUGGGCGGCCAGGACAAAAUCCGACCUCUGUGGAGGCACUACUUCCAAAACACCCAGGGUCUGAUCUUCGUGGUGGACAGCAACGACAGAGAGAGAACACAGGAAGCAGCGGAGGAGCUGCAGAAAAUGCUUCAGGAAGACGAGCUGCGAGAUGCUGUGUUGCUGGUAUUUGCCAACAAACAGGACCUGCCAAAUGCCAUGGCCAUCAGUGAAAUGACAGACAAGCUGGGGCUGCAGGCUUUGCGCAACAGGACUUGGUACGUCCAGGCGACAUGCGCCACACAGGGCACUGGCCUGUAUGAGGGGCUGGACUGGCUGUCCAAUGAGCUCUCCAAGCACUAGACCUGGGGCUUACAGCUGAGCACGGGCUCUAAUUAACCAAGGACAUGUUUUACCAGGACUGGUCUAGGCUUCUUACAACUCCACUAUUAGCUCGCAUUUGUCGAUUUGUUAUGGUAUUCAAAGCAGAGGCGACGGGCGGCAUGCCGGGGGCUCUUGCGAAUGACAUUUUGUACAGUUAUGAUGUGAUGCAUAUACAAGCAGUAUGCUAUUAAUGACAACCAAAAGGCGUUCCAUUUAAAAAAAAAAAAAAAAAAAAAAAAUUAAAAAAAAAAAAAAUUCUAUUUUUAACUUUCUUGUUUUAGACCAGAUGUGUGAACUUAAAUUUUUGUAGGACUUUUUUUUUUUUUUUUUGUUUGUUUGUUUUCCCUCAGUGCAUUUUGAACCCCCAUUCAUGUUAUAUGUUUUAAAAUGUUCUACCCUUUCCUUGGUUAGCUGAUGUCUUGUAUCAUUCCUAGUGGCAGUCUGCUGACAACCUGAGUGUUUACAGUGAGCCACCCAACCCUUUACUUUCUCCUCUCGGUACCUCCCCUUUCAUAAUGAAAUACUGCUACAAACAGCUGAAAACUGUCAUUUAUACUGAACUGUUAUUGAGGAACAAAGAUAUUUUAAUUCACACAAUUGUUUUUUGUUUGGCUUCUGUUCACAGGCUGUUUUUCAUUGCAUGUUGCAUUUUGGUAUCAGAUUGACUUGUCAGAUGUAUUCUAGUUCUGCUAGUGUUUUGUGGUCUACCAAUGGAUGGGAUGGGGGGGGGUGGGGGUGGAUAAAGUAACUAUUUCCAAUUAAACAAUGUCUACAUAUCCCACUUGCCAUUAUUAUUCCUAAUAAAACAAUACAUUGUCA